AUGGCAUUGUCCCAGGCCACUCCUUUCUCAGCCACAGAGCUUCUCCUGGCCUCUGCCACCUUCUGCCUGGUAUUCUGGGUGGUCAGGGCCUGGCAGCCUCGGGUCCCUAAAGGCCUGAAGAGUCCACCAGGGCCCUGGAGCUGGCCCCUGAUCGGGCAUGUGCUGACCUUGGGGAAGAGCCCACACUUGGCCCUGUCGCGGCUGAGCCAGCGCUAUGGAGACGUGCUACAGAUCCGCAUUGGCUGCACACCCGUGCUGGUGCUCAGCGGCCUGGACACCAUCCGGCAGGCCCUGGUGCGGCAGGGCGAUGAUUUCAAGGGCCGGCCUGACCUCUACAGCUUCACCUUAGUCGCUGAUGGCCAGAGUAUGACCUUCAACCCAGACUCUGGACCAGUGUGGGCUGCCCGGCGACGCCUGGCCCAGAAUGCUCUCAACUCCUUCUCCGUUGCCUCAGACCCGGCUUCCUCGUCCUCCUGCUACCUGGAGAUGCAUGUGAGCAAGGAGGCUGAGGCCCUCAUCGGCGAGUUCCAGGAGCUGAUGGCAGGGUCUGGGUGCUUUGACCCCUAUGACCACGUGGUGGUGUCAGUGGCCAAGGUCAUUGGUGCCAUGUGCUUCGGGCAGCACUUCCCCCAGAGCAGUGGGGAGAUGGUCAGCCUUGUGAGGAACACCCAUGAUUUCGUGGAGACUGCCUCCUCCGGGAGCCCCGUGGACUUCUUCCCCAUCCUUAAAUACCUGCCCAACCCUGCCCUGCAAAAGUACAAGAGCUUCAACCGGAGGUUCCUGCAGUUCCUGUGGAAAAUGGUCCAGGAGCACCAUCAGGACUUUGACAAGAACAGAGUCCAGGACAUCAUAGGUGCCCUGUUCAAGCACUACGAGGAUAACUCCAGAGCUAGUGGGGGCCUCACGCCCCAGAAGAAGACUGUCAACCUUGUCAACGACAUCUUCGCAGCCGGGUUUGAUCCGAUCACAACAGCCAUCUCCUGGAGCCUUCUGUACCUUGUGACAAAUCCUGAGAUACAGAGGAAGAUCCAGGAGGAGCUGGACACGGUGAUUGGCAGGGCACGUCGGCCCCGGCUCUCUGACAGAUCCCAGCUGCCUUAUUUGGAGGCCUUCAUCCUGGAGACCUUCCGACACUCCUCCUUCGUCCCCUUCACCAUCCCCCACAGCACAAUAAGGGACACAACACUGAAUGGCUUCUACAUCCCCAAGGAACUCUGUGUCUUCAUAAACCAGUGGCAGGUCAAUCAUGACCCGAAGCUGUGGGGGGACCCAUCUGAGUUCCGGCCGGAGAGAUUCCUCACUGCCCAUGACACCACCAUCAGCAAGACCUUGAGUGAGAAAGUGAUGCUCUUUGGCAUGGGCAAGCGCCGGUGCAUAGGGGAGGUCCUGGCCAAGUGGGAGAUCUUCCUCUUCCUGGCCAUCUUGCUGCAGCAGCUGGAGUUCAGCGUGCCACCAGGUGUGAAAGUGGACCUAACCCCUACCUACGGGCUGACCAUGAAGCCUGCCCCCUGCGAGCAUGUCCAGGCACGGCUGCGCUUCCCCAUCAAGUGA